UGAAAAUCGUGUUUCUUUUCGUGCUGAGAAUUUCUUUCAAUAUCAACAAAAGCAAUGUGAGAUUCGUAGCACAAGAUGGCAGCAAGUAGGAGAAGGAUGGUUAUUCUUUGGCUUGGAUUGGGUACCAUUUUAGUUGCUGCCUGUAGAGGAAGUCCAUUACAAAGACACCGAAGGAUACUCAACGAACCAGGCGACAUUCCCAACAAAGGAAAUAGAACUCUACCGUACGACAAAAGACAGCAGAUUAUCUACCUACUGAACAAGGACAACGAGAGCAGCAAACGUGACAAGGAGCCAGGAAAAACCGUUGCCAUGGAGAAGUAUGCUAAGGAGCUCAUCCCGGAUGGUAGAGUUGUAAUACCCAACGCCAACAAGUUGCUUGUUUCUGAAGAUUUCCACAGUGGCAGGUAUAAGGAGAUAGCAGUCAAUAAAGCAGAUGGUCCUCCCAAUGCUAUCAACUCAGAUAAGAAUUUUGGCCAGACUGAUAGGCAAGUCUCUUCUCCUCAGAAGCAACAGCAACAACAGCAGCAGCAGAACCAUCAACAGCAGCAGCAAAAGCAGGUUAACAGUGCUGUUAAGAAAUAUGGCCAAGUUCAAAUGGUUAAUGAAUCAAGAGCAGAGAAGCUUGUCAAUAGAAACAACAGUGAUCCUCAAGUGAAUUUUAAAAGAACAGAAACUUACGAUGUGGAAUCUCACAAUCAGAAACAUUUGCCAUUGACUCGGAACAGUGACAUCAACAUUAUAAAUGAAGAAUCAUCUUCUUUGAGAAAGAAAGACAGUUUUGUUAAACCAGUCGGAAGAUUUUUUGAUGGGGAACUUUUACCUCCUUCAAAACCAAUUGAACCUAAUGUUUUCGAAAUAGGACAAGAUGAAGUAGAAGACUCUCACAGAUCUCAUUUCAGAGGAGAAUUAGGCCGACACUCAGGAAUGCACAGAGAAAUGUUUUUUCCUGAAGACAGGCCAAUAAGACGAUGGAGACACAGACAUUCAUACUAUCAUCAUAGACCUGCACCAGUAUUGAUGGAUCACCGGCCAAGUACGUACUACAUGCCAAUGUAUGCUGGACGUUCGAAUGUCCAGAUGGCUCAAUUUGCACCAAUUCAAGAUAUUCAUUCGGCCCCUCUUAGUGACCCUGGACAAGGACCGACAGAGGAGUACGGUAGACAGCCUGUUAUGAUGCAGUCUUUAGUACCAAUGGUACCCUCUGCAUCUGCUCAACCUGGAGUUCCACUUGUCCCAUCACAACCUAUGCUGCAGAGUCCCUUUGUACAACAGCCAGAGGAUCGGUCGGGUCUUUAUACUSUGCCUAUGGCUACUGCUCCGCAACAACCACCGCAACGAUUUAUUUAUCCUGUGUUCGCAGUACCAGCAGUGCAGCAACCACAACCACAGCUUGUACAACAGCCAGCUUUAGAACAAGGAACGAGACUUGAUCAUUUGGCUACUCACUGGACAGAUGAACCUGGUCAUCAAAGGAGUGAAGUCAGCGAAGAAGGUGAACCCAAGCCACGAGAAUAUGACGAUGAAAAGAGUUACGAUGACGAUGGAAGGGAUUCACGAUACGACGAAGAACGAUACCAUGGAUAUAACGAUUAUGAAAGAAUGAASGAAAGAAGAUAUCAGGAUGAUAGAGAUAGAACUGGAGAAGAGGAAGAACGAGAGGCCGAGCGUGAACGUUUAUAUCGUGAACGUGAAUAUUACGAAAACAGUGAGCCUAGAUACGACCAAGAUACACGAUAUGUUGACAAUGUAGAAGAAAACGCUAGUGUACGCAGCUCACCUCCAUUGCCUGUUCCUACAGCUGCAGAAGAAACUCACGAAGACGGUGACGAUGAAGAAGAAAACGAGUCCGAGGAAAAUGAAGGUGCUUUGCAAGACUCGAGGGAUGAUCCUCCUCCUGCAGAAGAAAGACCACCUGAGGUAGAGAGAGACGAAGYCUCCCCUUUCUUGAACUAUCAUCACCGUGAGAUGCAGUCUAGAGAACAACCUUCUGUUAUCCGAAUCCCGUCAUUUUCAACAUCACAUAGAAUGUAUUCGCCGUUUGCUUAUCCAGGAAGAUUAUCUGCAGAUACAUAUUCGAGGGAACAAGUCCUUGGACCUUCAGUCCCGCUCAGAGAAAGAAUUCUUCCGAGAUUUAUGAAUACGGCUCCAAGGAUGGCUYCUAUUGAGUCACCAAAUGGUGAAAUAUCUGAGAUGUCUGCCUCAGAAGCAAGGUUCAGAGAAAGGAUGCGAAUGGAACUCCAAGCAAAGGACACUAUUCCAAAAGGUUUUCAUUCUGACCUUGAUAGCCAUGGAUUUAAAAACGUUGUUAUAAGGCUUAAUGGGGAGCCACUAGAGAAUGCUAGUGAGUUGAGAAGCAAGAUCAUCGACGGUAGAAUCGUUCAAGGGAGAGGAAAGAUCAUCAAAUCUAAGGGACCCAUGCAAAUUCGAGUGACUCAUAAAGGAAAAGGAAGAAAUCGCAUCAAAUUUAUCGAUAUUACUUCACCUCAAAAAUACAGCGUCACCGAGUCUAGGAGCAAAAUUGGAAGAGCUCCUAUCAUGAAUGGAUCAUCAAAACAUAAUCUGAAGAAAAGCCAGAUACAUAAAAAGAAUGGCCAUGCGUUUUCGACUUCUCAUCAUUUAAGGGUCAAUGAUGUUACGGCCACAACCAAUUUAACUAGAAAUACGAAAACAUAUGGAAAUUAAAACAGACACAAAAACCGAGUAGAACUUGCUUUUAAUAAAAAAGCAGCUUAUCAAAGAAUAUAUAAUAACAAGCUUUAAAAACAAGUGAGACUUUAAAAGGAAGUAAGAAGAGUAUCUCUCGGUAGAAAGCACAACGACCAGUGUUUCUUUAUUAAGGGCCUUAAUAAGGGAUGCUUUUAAAAUGUCAUUAAGAGCUUUUAAACUGGGCGUGACAUGUACCAGUUGUUGAAACUCAGUUGUGUAAUGUUAUAGUUAAGAAACCAAUUUUCCCUCAGUCCAACUCAUUGCAAUUUAAACACCUACAUGUACCCAUGUAGUAGAACUGAAGUGAAGUGCAAAAUGUUAGUAUGCAUACAAAGAUAUUCAGAAACUGAAAUCAUAAGCAAUUCUAAUAGGCACUUCGAAAAAGAUGGAAACAGUGCUACGCUUUUUAUAAUCUUCAAUUGUAAAUAUUAUCAUAAAAAUUCCGUCGAUGAAAGAAUGACUGCAAACAGUGCCCAUAAUCUGUUACUGGUGAGAAAAGAUUUUAAAAACAUAUUUGUUUUACUACAUGUAAAACAAAGCAGCCAAUUAGGUAUAUGCAGAACACAUCUAGACUCUUAAGUUAAAAAGGAAAAUAAAGACGUAAGUAAUAACCCUGGAAAAAUGUGGUUCUAUACACAUUGGGUUUGAACACAACUCUUUAUAAUAAACUAUAAUAAUCAUCAUCUA